UCAUUUUCUCACAUUUUUUUUUAACAAAAGGAACGUGGAUCACCUUGUGAAGUACAAGAACUAGUAGUUUGGUUUGAUGGCUCCCUCAGUCAAACGUAAUCACGGUGGUAGUACAGGAUUCGUGAGUUUCGGUUUCUCAAGGGAGGUAAUCUUUGAGUUUGUGCAAUAAUAUGAAGGUAUACAAGCCUCUUUCUUAAUGGAAUUAUCGGUUUGCGAGAUGCUAUGAACUGGUGUCUAACUCAUUGUGUUUUUUUUGUUAAAUUUCGUAGCGAUUCUCAACUGGUCAUUUGACGGGUGAUGUCGAGCGAGCUUUCACAUGAUUUGGGAGGAGCCAUCUUGGGAGAUAUUGACAGGGUGUAGUCUUCUUAUUGUUUUGCUCUUCGUUGUUUCAAUAGGGCUGACCAUCUUACGACAUAAAAAUUAAAAAGUCUUCUUUUCAGGAGUUCGACUAUUAUUAGUCAACUAUCCCGAAGAAAAUGAGAAUUAUCACAACUAUAACAUGGUUUUCUUCCAAGCUUAAAUUCUAGCAUAAAAAAGUGGAUGACCAAUCAAACUCACAGUAGUAUCACCAGAAAAAGAUCAUAGGAGUCUGAUUUGAGUGAUUUCUCUUCUGUAGCCAAAUUCGGGUACCCGGGUCAACCGAAUCAAUCGGCUAGUCCGGUUCCAACAUGACCUAUUACAAAUACGAAACAACGCGAACGUCUGCUGCUGCCUGCGAAGCGAAGGAACGAAACUAAGCUACCGACGACAUGGGGAGCAGGCACAACGGCGGAGCUAGCGACCGCGCAGCCUUGGGCAAUGGCGGAGCACCGCCGGUGGUUGACAAGGAAGUGGAUUUCGCCAAUUACUUCUGCACCUACGCCUUUCUCUACCACCAGAAAGACAUGCUCUCCGAUCGAGUUCGCAUGAACGCUUACUACAACUCCAUUUUCCGGAACAAACAUCACUUCCAUGGAAAAACAGUUCUGGAUGUUGGAACUGGCAGUGGCAUUCUAGCAAUUUGGUCAGCACAAGCAGGUGCAAAGAAGGUCUAUGCAGUGGAAGCAACUAAGAUGUCGGAGCAUGCUCGUGCACUAGUGAAAACAAACAAUGUCGAGGAUGUGGUUGAAGUGAUUGAGGGUUCUAUGGAGGAUGUUGUCCUGCCCGAGAAAGUUGAUGUAAUUAUCUCGGAGUGGAUGGGUUACUUACUUCUGCGUGAGUCGAUGUUUGACUCUGUAAUUUGUGCUCGUGACCGCUGGCUGAAGCCUAAUGGAGUCAUGUACCCAAGCCAUGCUCGGAUAUGGUUUGCACCUAUCAGAUCUGGAUUGGUGGAUAGGAAAGAGAAUGAUUUGGAAGACGUAAUAGACGAUUGGCAUAAUUUCGUUGAAGACACUAAGGAUGCCUACGGGGUUGAUAUGGGUGUUUUGACUCAACCAUUCACCGCAGAGCAGAGGAGAUAUUAUCUUCAGACAUCCUUGUGGCAAAACCUUCAUCCUAAUCAAAUUAUCGGGACAGCUGCUAUUAUCAAGGAGAUUGAUUGUUUAACCGCCUCGGUAAAUGACAUCAGUGAGGUCAGGGCCAGUUUUUCUUCACCGAUCACCCUGGAAAAUACAAUCCUCUGUGGAUUUGGUGGAUGGUUUGACGUUCAUUUUCGAGGAAGAAAGGAUAACCCCGCACAGCAAGAAGUUGAGUUGACAACAGCUCCUAGUAAAGAUGCCGGCACCCACUGGGGCCAGCAGGUUUUCCUCACACACCCUCCUAGUUGUGUAACUGAAGGCGAUAGCGUCAGCGUAGAAUUCCUAAUGUAUCGGUCAAAGGAAAAUCACAGAUUAAUGGAGGUAGAGCUCAGCUGUGGAGUCAUGCAGUCUUCUGGCAAUCUGCUUCCACCAUUUAAAAGUAAAUUCCACAUAGAGUGAUCAAGCAACAGGGUGUCCGUUUCCAGCAUCAGUAAGGUAUGCAAUAAUUUUGAUUGGUUUGUUUCUUGGAGCUCCAUCUCAAUUUUGUAUCUGUGUAUUUGAUAGACUAGCUUUCACCUUCUUCAACCGUUUCCCCCUCCAUUUGUUUUAACGACUUCACAGUUUUUUCCCGAUUCUUGCUUGCUCUUGUCUUAUAAUUUCGUUUCGUUUCCUUUACUUUUCAGUGUGUUGAUGUGCAAGGACAGAUAUAUCCUGAAGACCCGGGAUAUGAAUGUAACUGUAAAAUUUCAAAACAGAGCUUGGUUUGUUUCUGUAGAACAUAUUCUUGACUGCCAUAUGUGCAUUUUAGGUGCUCUGAUUCCUGGUUGAGAUAUUCUGAACUCCCCCAGAUUUGGUAUGGUGGUGGUCUCUGUACUCUGUUGUACACUGACAUCCAAAGAUGGGAUUAUGGUUGUUAGGCUGUUUACUGAGUAGACAUCUAUUUAACCUUACCACCAUAUCCAGUGCAGCUUCAGGGCAUUUCUAAAUUGAUAUUUACACUUGCAUUUAGUCCUAAUAGUUGAGAUCUUCAUAUUUCCAUGUUUCUUUAUUCCCAAGUCAACUUCAAAUUUUGCAGAACGCAAUAUUGUGCAUUUUGCAUAUGUGGGCGAUGGGUUUUGACUUUCAUAUAUGUGGAAGAAGUAUGAUAUCUUGUUUGUGGCAAAACUUCUCCCGCCUUUCUAGAGCUUAUGCACAUGCAUGGCUUUAACUACUCUGCAAGUUAAGCUGGUUGUUCACCAAAAACCGCUAUAAAAUAAUGCAUCUUCAGUUCUUUGGAUCUCAUUAUCUUCUCUGAAUUGGUUAGAAACAUUCUACACAGGCUACAGCUUUCUAUUCCCCUUCACCUUCCUGCGUUUUCUCUGUUGUGGAAAAAAUGUAUCGAUCUGCAAGCACGUUCCGUUCCUCAUCUGAAGAGCACCUCCUCAACUUGUUGCCUGCUCUGGCAGCAAAUGGUUCUUCGCCUUUGAAAACAUUGGCGGGGUCUCCGUCGGAGUUGCCGGUGGCCUAUUCCCCUGUUUCUGAGGGGAGCAGGAAGGAACUUGGGGCUCUGCAACAGCACAAACCGCUGGGUGGGGAAAAUGGUGUUCAUCUGAUCCCUGUCGUUCUAUUCCUAUGUGGGUUGGCUCUCUGGCUUUUCUGUCCCCGUUGAUGGAGAAGUCGUCAGGCGUCAGCCCGUCUUCUAAAGCAAGCUGCCGUGGGUUCUCUGUACUAUGUACCUGCUGGUUUUCAGGGUUUUGUUUCUCUUUGUCGUUCGAUUGUAAGUAGUUUUACCAUUUCGAAUGGAUGAAUGAAUGUACUGCUAUUGUCUAUCUACAAUAUACUAUAAGGCAAUGU